AUUGACCAGCGCUCUCUACUUUUUUUUUUUAAUUAGAUUAUUCAGUAUUCAAUUUUGCAUAUAUAAGUGAUUUCUUUCUCUCUUUUACCGAAUAAUUAAAAUGGAAUGGUUAGUGAUUGGAAUAUCCGGUGCUACAUGUAGUGGAAAAACAACCAUCGCUCAAAAACUUCAUAAAGAUUUGAAAAAUUCUAUUUUAAUUCAACAGGAUACUUACUUUCAUGAUGUUGACGAUCCUCGACAUAUUUGGAUAGAAGAAUUGAAUCACAUAAACUUUGACAUUAUUUCCAGUUUGGAUAUGAAGAAAAUGUAUUCUGAUAUUCGAAAAAUUCUCGAUGAGAAACCACUUUUCAAUAAUGUUGUAUCACCUAAAAAUGAAAAAAAGAUUUUAAUUAUCGAGGGAUUUUUGAUAUUUGAUUAUAAACCAAUAUUAGAUUUGUGCAAUCUUAAAUAUUUUCUCACAUUGGAAAAAGAAGAAUGCUACAAUCGUCGAAAAUUACGUGUAUAUGAACCACCAGAUGUACCGGGAUAUUUUGAAAAAGUUGUUUGGCCCGAAUAUGUGAAUCAUUUAAAAGUAAUAAUGAACAAUAAGGAAUUAAUGAAAUCCAUAAAAUUUUACGAUGGAUUUAGUCAGGAGGAUGUAAUUAAACAUAUAUAUAAGCAUAUAUGUUAAUAAGUAAUUAGCCAUAAUUGAGUAAUAAAAAAAAAAUAAAUAAAUUGUAAUUUCUCUUGA